UAACUGAAAGGUUGCUCGGUGUUUGCAGGGAGCUGGAUGGUCUGAAGAGAGGAGCUGGGGGGCUCUCCAAGGAGCCCCGGCAUCACCAGUGAGGCAGCAUCAUGUUAGCUCCAAAGAAAGGCCUGCUCUGCAACCUCAACCACAUCCAUCUGCAGCACAUCUCCCUGGGGCUGCAUCUCUCCCGGCACCCGGAGCUCCAGGAGACCUCUGACUCCAUGGGUGGAAAAGACCAGAGCGGCUUCACCAACUGCCCUGAGAACUGUGAGCAAGUGGAUGCUAAUUCUAACAGUCCCUCCGUGAAAUGCCAGUGCUGUGAGUCCCACACUCUGCAGCCGGUGACGUUGGGUCUCCAGAACCAGGCAGCUCCAGAGGAUUUCCAGUGCCUGCAUGCUGAGGAGGAGGUGGCUUCCCCUUGUGAUACCCCUUGUGAUCUGGCUUACUCCUCCUCUUCCUCCUCUGGCAGUACCUGCUCGGAUUUCAGCUUGGAUGACUCCCCCAUCUCUGUGUACUGCAAGGGGUUCUCCAGAGAAGAGUCCCAAUGCCCCGAAAAUCAGCCCAGCACCAUUCCCACAGAAGACAGCCAGGAUGAUCCGUCAGUGGUUGACCAGAGUAGGACGUGUGAUGGAAGAGACGUCAACCUCAACCCCCCAUUGCUCCAGAGAUCAGACACAGUGGCUGGAAAGAGCCCUGACAGCCUCUGCAGCGGCGCCUCGCUUGACUCCCAGGGCAACGAGACCUCUCCCAGCACGGCAGUGCCAGAGGUCACCUCUGCCAACCUCGACCCCAACUGCAACUCCCUCCCCAACCCCGAUGCCACGCCACCAGCACCCCCCGUGCCAGCACGGUGGGAUCGUGGUCCCAGCAGCGCUCCUGAGCUGCGGCCCCGAGCUGGCAGCGUCCCCAGGCCCAGCAGCGUCCCCCCGCCCGUGCCCCCCCGGCCCCGCAGGCGCCUGCAGGUUCUCAAUGCACAACGAGCAGAGCAGCUGCUCCUGCCUGUGCAGCCCAGCUCUGGUGAGCCCUGCAGAGACGCAGGCAAGAAGACCAUCACCUCCUUCCACGAGCUUGCCCAGAAGAGGAAGAGGAACGCUGCUGGGCCUCCUCUUGCCCAGGCCAGGGCUGACCAGAGCGACUGGCUGAUUGUCUUCUCACCAGACACAGAGCUGCCACCCCCCAGCGAGCUCCUCUCUAGCACCGUGGGCCAAGAGCCAACCCGGCCCCAGCUCCAGCACGACUGGGCAGCAAAACCACCCAGCUCCAGGCAGAGAGAGGUGACCACGUUCAAGGAGCUGCGGUACCGCAGUGCCUCCAGCAAGCCCAAGGGCCGGGCAGCCGCAGAGCGGGCAGAGACGGUGGCACCUCAGAACCCGCCAGCACCCCUCGAGAUGGCCAUAGGCAAUGAUGGCUCAGGCUGGAUGCCACCCGUGCCUCUGGGGGGACAUUUGCUGGCACCUAUGGAAAGCCACCAGCCAAAGAGGAGGAGAUCCCGACCGGGGCUGCAGCCCAUUGCAGAGGGACAACCAGGGGACCCAGAGGAAGGGGAGCGGCCACCCCGAAGCUGCCUCCCAGGGGAGAAGGGGCUGGGCUGCGGUGGUGAUAGAGCCGUCCUGUUUCAUAGGCUUGGAGGAUCUGGAGGGGACCCAUGGGUGCCAGGGACAGGCAAGAGAGGAGACAAGAUCUGCAAGGAGGCCAGGGCCCCGCCGCCCGCCGCUGGAGCCGUCCCGAGGACCGCCCGGCCUGGCGGGGGGAGCACGGAGGGAACCCGCCGGCCCCGGGAGGAGCAGAAGAAAGCCCUACUGAUCGCCCUCAGCUCCGCCGUGGAUAAAGUGAUCGCCCACUUCAGCACCGCGCGGAACCUGGUGCAGAAGGCUCAGCUGGGGGACAGCCGGCUCAGCCCCGAGGUGGGGUAUCUGCUGCUGCACACCCUCUGCCCGGCGCUCUGUGCCUUGGUGGAGGAUGGGCUGAAGCCCUUCCAGAAGGAUCUUAUCACAGGCCAGAGGAAAAAUUCCCCCUGGAGUGUGGUGGAAGCCUCCGUCAAAACAGGUCCCAGCACCCGCUCUCUGCAGUCCCUGUGCUGGCAUGUGGCCGGGCUGUCCCCUCUCAGCACUGCCAGACAGAAGUUUCAUGCCUUUAUCCUUGGCCUUUUGAACACUAAACAGCUGGAACUGUGGAUCUCUCACCUUCAGAAGAGCCCAGGUGUGAUCUCCAUGCUGUAUUCACCCGUGGCCUUCUUUGCCCUGAGUCAAGGCCCUUUUCCCCACCUCGCUGAUGAACUGCUGCUGCUCAUCCAGCCCCUCUCAGUGCUGACUUUCCACCUUGACCUGCUCUUUGAACACCACCACCUCUCUGUGGAUGUAAGACCCUUGUCCCGUCAGCUGGAGUCACCCCUCUCUCCUGCCCAUCACCCCGCUCACGCUCGUGGGGCUGUGCAGCCUUCUCUGGAUGGCCAAAGCUGUGCUGAGGGGGCAAGCCUGGAAGAUGAGGUCCCCCCUGAUGCUGUGGGGAGGGCAGUGGGUGCAGAGGGCAGCACAGGAUGCCAGUCCUGGGCAGGGCUGGUCCCUGGCCCCCAGGUAGGGGCUGCCUUGCAGCAGACCUUCCAGCAGGUGCUGCGCUGGGGCGAUCGGCUCAGCCGCACUUUCCUGGGAGCUGAGGGCUCUCCGGAGACACAGGGGCUGGAGGCAGCUCCUCCAGAGCCAGGGACUGGCCCCAGUGGCUGGUGGGGCCAGCUGAGUGAGGCCUCCAGGAUUUACACUGCUCCUAGCAAGGAGAAGUUUCCCUUCGUCUGGUGGACAAAGCUGCGGGUGGCUGCGGGGGAUUCCGGCCCCAGCCAGGCUGCACGACCCCACGGAUCAGUACCCGAGACCAGAGGCACUGAGCUGCAGCUCCUUCAGACCAAAGCUGCCCCUGAACUCCCCAGUCCAAAGCCCAGCAGCAGUGCUGAUACCUCUGGGACCUCUUCCCCUGAAGACAUCAUCAUCCUGCCUGCUGGAGCUGGAGCACCCACCAAGCCUGAUGGAGAGAAACUCCUGGCUGCUUCCCCAGAGCCUCCCGUGAGCAGGAACCAGGCAGCCCCUUCCAACACAGAGCCUGGGGGUCCUCCUGGUCCUGACAAGGGCAGCUGGCUGGGACGCCUUUUUGGAGCCACCAACCCCUCUGCCAGGAGCCUCCCUCCCAGCCUUGACACCAUCUCAGCCAGGUCCAGGAGACCCUCUAGCUGGCUGUCUCCCAGCACACGUGUCCUGGCUGUGGUGGUGAAGGGGCUGAUGUCUGAGAAGAGCCGUGAUCAAGAACAGCCAGAGGGCAACACAUCCAACACGCCCCAGACUCAGAGGGCUGUUCGGGCACUGUGUGACCACACGGGUGCUGCUGAGGGUCACCUGAGCUUCCAAAAAGGGGACAUCCUGCAGCUGCUCUCCACCGUGGAUGAAGACUGGAUCCGCUGCUGCCAUGGAAACAGCACUGGCCUAGUUCCUGUUGGUUACACAUCCCUCAUUUUGUGAGGAGGAGGAGCCCAGAGGAAGGAGCUGAGCUUGCUGAAGCAGGUGCCACCUUGGGGGGGGGGACACUGUCUCCUCCCUCACCCCUUUCAGGGUUGGCAGUUCUGCAGGAGCCCCCGGUGCCCACCGGUGCCAUGGGCACAUCCCGGGAGCCACCGCCACGCGUGUCCCCACGGAGCUGCUGCCACUCCACCCUGAGCCCCCCGUGGGCUCUGCUCACCUCUCCUCAGACCCACUGAUGACCCAGACCCACACCAGGGCAGGGGAGGACCCUGGCCCUGUGCAGUACUCGCAGUCCCUUCAUGUUGUCUCAGUGCCACCCAGUCCUGCCACCACCACCACCUCCACCUGCUCUGCUUUGCCUUCUGGCCAGGACAGUCCCAGCACUUUGUAAAUAGUUGUAACCACAGGAACAAGUUUAUUCCAGGGGGGAAGAAAGCUGGAAAUAAAGAUUGUGACUCACCUG